AUGCUAACCGAUGUCAAGAUUUUUACGAAUUACGGCAGAGCCGCUAGUUUCAUCCCUCUUCAAUACAGAAUCCAUCAAUCACUCAAAUCACUACCAAUACCACCACCUGGACAUUCCACCACUGGCUUUACUGCAGCCGAGAGGGGAAAUUGGAAUAGAUCAAGCAGUUUCAAUCAUCCCCUGCAAGACCUUAGCGAUGGCUUUUCCAGAAUCGGUAUUCAGUCUCAGCCAUGCGGCGACACACUGGCACCAACUGAGACCCCAAAUUACGACUCUGGAAUAGUCUCUGAUGAUCAGCUCCGAGAUGAUGAGACUUUUGCCCAUUUGAUCAGAAUACCGGGAGACAAUGUCUACCAGACCUAUGCAUCACUCAAGAAUGUCCACAGAAUCAAGGCUUCGAUAGGUGUCCAAGGGCGAUCAAGAUCUCCUCGCUGUAUAACUGGUCUUAAAAUCGAAUACUUUGAUAAUCGGUCCCCGAGUGUAGUAGGUCAAUGGAUGGAUGAGAUGGAACUUUUGCUGGAGCUUUCAUCUGACGAGACUGUGCGGUCUUUGAGUAUCUGGCUGACUUCUUUUGAUUUCUCGCACGAUUCUCAACCACCGUUCAGAAUGUGUCGAGUCACAGCUAUCCAUAUCGAAACUACAUUAUCUCGUGAGGUCACAUUCCGUGCUCCCUCUGGUAACUCAAAGUUCAAUGGGCAAGAGUUCAAUCGAUACCUGGGUGGUUUUGGGGAAGAGCUUACUGCUAUUUCUUGGGUUUUUGAUGGGAGGUGUGACCGGGUUCGAGCAAUUAUUUCCAUCCAUCGGCCUCUGAUCAUACUUCCGGCAUAUUCUGUACCCUUCUACCAUAGCCAAAGGCUUUAUUUCUUUGUGCCUGACAGCAGUGGUUGUGUGCAACCAGCUGUCGCAAUCCAGGUUUUCUGGCGAGGCAGUUCUAUUAUUGGAAUCGCGUUCGUCUACCCUUCAGGACAAGUAGUAAGAGCUGGAGAAAGUGAGACUGCGUCUCAAGAAACAUUUACCUUCCCAUCGGAUUCAAGAGUCGUUAGCCUGUCUUUUCUCCACGGCAAGGGCACAAUCAGAGGAAUCAAAUUUGAAAUGGAAUCAGAUGGUCAACAAGCGAUCCCCUGUAUAGAGACUUCUGCUAAUCCUACUGAUAAAUCUGCUAGUGCCGACACCAUUGAAUGGGAAAAGAGUACAAUUUGGUGCAAAAAUGCCGGAUACAUGGAAAGUUAUGAGCGACGUGCACCUGGCACUGCCCAUGUCUAUAAGCCUCCGCCUGAGUCGGAAUUGGUUGGCAUUUUUGUGGGCUGUCUGUUAUUUUCUCAUUGCGGGGGAGUCUAUGAGCGUGAAUAA